UGCACCUUAAUUUAGCGCAAAGAACAGGACACACAUUUCCUGUCCCUCGACCUGCAAUCUCCGACCCACCAUGACCAAAUCAACAAUCCCCGCUCAGGACAUUCACAACGUUCUCAGCAAUGUCCUACCCCGAAUCAAAAGCCACGUUGAAGCCCAAACAUCCGCAUCAAAAAAGCGCCCAUUUCUUCUGGGCCUGACGGGCCUCCAAGGAAGCGGGAAAUCCACAUGGACCGACGCACUCGUACAAGCCUUGAACGAUGAAUACAAAUACAACACAAUCAACAUAUCCUUAGAUGACCUUUAUCUCGAUCAUGACGACCUUAUCCAAGUACGAGACAACAACCCCUCCAACAGACUUCUGCGAACGCGAGGACAACCCGGCACUCACGAUAUUGCACUUGCGGUCGAUUUCUUCGACAGUUUAACAAAGUCAUCGGAGAAAAUCAUUCCAUCAUUCGACAAGAGCCUAUUCAAUGGAGAGGGUGGCCGAGCACCCCAAGACACGUGGCGUCGCAUUCCAGCAGAUGUCAUCAUCGACAUUGUUAUUUUCGAAGGGUGGUGUGUCGGGUUCCAACCAUUGCCAGAGGAUGAGAUUUCGCGUCGCUGGAACCACGCGAAAGAGGUCUCCGCGGGAGGCAGCUUGAAGCAGACGCUGGGUGAGCAUGAAUUGGAGCAUUUGCUACAGGUUAACAAGAAUUUGCGUCAAUACUGCGAGUUAUUCAUGGGGCCGCAGAAUUUCGACUUUCUCGUUCAUCUUGAUACAGAUGAUUUGAUUAAUGUCUAUGGAUGGCGCCUCGAACAAGAACAUGCCCUGCGAGACAAGAAGAAGGGCGCCAUGUCUGAUGAGGAAGUUAUCCGGUUUGUGAAGGGGUAUAUGCCUGCUUACGAGCUUUAUCUAGAUCAAUUACGGAGGGGGUUCUUCUCUGGUCGGGAAGGGAAAGGGCAAUUAUCUGUCGUUUUGGACGAGCGAAGGAAAGUUAUGGAAAUUCGUCUUGUUUAACGGUAUAUGGGUAUAGUGUUCGUUGGCUAUGUACGGUACAGGGCCGUUUACAACAUGUUUCCGUGAAUUAUCCAAGGGCCAUCUGCCACGCUCCAUAGAUCGUUCAUGAAAAGGUAAGAUGGAUCGGAGAAGGAAAGCGGAUCUUGUCCAAGUCCCUGGUUAAGUACGGCGUUGCUGUUCGCCAUGUUGCCGAAUAUUAGACCGGCGGAUGUUUGUGUGUGGGAAGCGUCGUUCGAGUUUAUGUCAAUCAUAUCACUGGCAUUACGAAUCAGAUUGGGCGAGUCGCAGUGUUCGAUUGGGUUAACCCGCCGAGGGGCAGAGUCUGUAGAUGGUUCAAAUGGUUGUGGACUCAUAGAAGGC